AAAAGAUUUAAUUUACAUCUAUGGUUCGACUAGAGAAACUGGUUUAUGAACAAUUAGUGAAUAUUCGUGCUCUUAAUAGACAAAGAAUAAUUGGAUCUCCAAGAAAAUGGUAUUCUGAACCACGUACUCCUGCAUUGACACUUUCAGCAAUGAAAUUAUUUACUUAAGGAUUGACUGGUCAAAUCUAUAAAAUGGUUGAGCCAUUAUUUGCUAGGUAUAGAGUAUUUUGAUAGUCUAAGAUUUUUUUACCGAUGGAUGAGAAACAUUGGUUUAGAUAGAGGAUUAGCUUUAGAAGAUUUACUUCUAUUUUAAGAUAGAGAAUUAAGAAGAGAUCCCCUUUUUGAACAUAUUUAAAGAGAAGGAUUCCAUCCUUACACUUGGAUUAUGUUCAAUAAAAGAAGAGCAAGAUAUUCAAAAGUAGAAAGAGGUGUAAGAGGAUCUACAGCUCCAGAAUGGUUAUAAUCAGAAGCCAGAGAACGAACAUUAGCUGAUAGCGUUUAAAAUAUAUAUGAAUGGGAUAAUUAUGUUUAUCAAAACUACAUGAGUGAUAUGACACCAACUGCUAGAGGAACUAUUCUCUAAAAAGUAUUACCACUUGAAUGGUUCUUAUUUUUUGGACUUCUCAGAGUUGAUACUUGGGAUAGAUACUUUUAUAAUGAAGUCAUGUAUAAAGGUCUUGAAUACUCUAAGGAAGAGUUAGCUAAUAUUCCUAAACCAUUCAAAGCACAAUUAAGUACUUAUACAUUUAUUCAUAUUUUUUAUAGCUACAGAGGAAGGUAGAAGAUAAUUUGAAAUUAAUGUUAAUAGGUUCAUUGAACUCUAUCCUGGAGCUAUUGUUAAAGAAGGGUACAAAAAACAAAUUUCAUAUUUUUAGUGAUAAAUUCGAUUUCUAAAGAUUUUAUGCUCUUGAAGCUAUCAAUAACAAUAGAGACUUAAGCAAAUUUGAUUCAUCCCUGAUUUCUCAACUUAAAUCUGAACUUACAUAAUCAGUUGAAAAGAAAUCAGCUACCAAAGUCAAGAAAGUUAAACCAACCUUCCCCAGUUGGUUAAAUUCUGAUGGAAAAGGACUCUUAGCAUGAUAAUUAUGCAUACAUUCAAU